CUAGGCUGAAGCUGGGCUGAGUUAAAAUCUCAGCACCAACACAUAGUGCAUACAUGUUCUUCUAAUGAAGGGCUGUUGGGAACAGCUGAUGCAUCUGUCAAAUGACUUGAGCGAGAUGGGCGUAGUACUGUCCAGAGUGAAUAACAGUUGUAGAGCUGCCACAAGAGAGCCUGUCAACACAUCCCAAACAGUGAACAGCAUCUGUGACAGAGAGGUCAAUAGUACUGACAGUGACCAUUCCUCCAUCAUACCUAUUCAGAACAAAGCAGUGUGUGAGCCAGUGGAGUUGCUGGUUCCCGCUCUUCCAGUAGCAGCUCGUGUAGAGAGAGGCUAUGUCACCCCACAGCAAGUGUACAACCUGCUGAGCGCAGAAGCGGGCCAGCCUGCCUUGUUUGAUCCUUUCUAUAUUCUCAUCCUGGACUGUCGCAGUGCAGAGAGCUACAAGGACAGCCACCUGGUGACAGCGCGGGCUGCUGUGACGGUGAUCCACCCUGUGCUGGGCUGCCUGGUCAGCUGCAUAGAACUGCAGAAGUAUUCUAUAAUUCUACUGUAUGCGGAGGAGGGAUGCAGCCCAGUGGGCAGUUUGAGGGCCAGGGUAGACUCCCCAGACCUCCAGCGUUGUUUCUUCCAGCUCAGUCAUCUAGGAAUGGACCCUGUCAUCCUGCUAGGGGGGUUCUCAGCCUUUCACACCCUCUACCCUUUCCUUUGCACACCACGCAUGGUCCUGCUAGAGCCUGAGCGUCACACUCUGACCAUCUACCCCUCAGAGAUCCUGGAGGAAGCCCUCUAUCAGGGCUCUGCUGCUCAGGCCUGUGACUACCGUGUUAUCAAGAAUCUACACAUCACACAUGUGGUCAAUGCCACUGCCAACAGCCCUGAAGCUUUCCCCAACACGCUGUGCUACCUGACGCUGAGUCUCACUGAUGAUGGCCAGCAGAACCUGGUGGAGGCGCUGCCACUGGCUUCAAGGUUCAUCAACUCAGCCCUGAUGGCUGUUCCUGCUGGCCGUGUUCUUGUCCACUGCAGCACCGGCAGGAGUCGCAGCUCGGCACUAACGCUGGCCUUCCUCAUGGAGCAUCGACGCUGGUCACUGCUUCAUGCCCUGCGAUGGUUGAAGGAGAGGCGGGCAUGCACGGCACCCAAUGUGAACUUCCUGCAUCAGCUGCUGACCUAUGAGGAGCUGCUGUUUGGGAGCAAACUCACCUCCCUGAACGACAUCCGCCGGUGACUGGAGCAAGGAUGGGAAUGGAAAGGAGGAUAAUGCUGGACGUUUUUUCCCCCUACAGUUCAGAUUGAGAGAGAGAGUUUAAUAUUUUAUUUCUACAGUUUACAUUGAGGGGAAAAAAGUAUAAAACGGCCAUUGAUUUUGUACCGCAAUAAAAUACCUGGAUAGGAGUAUAUUGCCCUCAGUUUGACAUUAAUCUUGCUUCAUCAUAAAACUUAACUGCACAGUGUUUCUUGUGCUAUGCCUGAAUAAUGACAGAUGUUUAAUUUUGUGACCUCUGUAUGACUAAGGAUAAUAUAAUCAUAUUUUGCUUGAUGAUAGCUUAUAGUAUGUUUAUGCCAAUAAAGUAUAUUUAUGACAUUUAACAUUAGAAUGGUUUAUUUCCUUCAAUUCUAUUCCUCGAGGUAUUCAUGUGGAAAAGUAUUAAAACAGUGAAUGGAGGCUUGCAAAUAUCCAGGGUUUAU